AUGUUAUAUAUCUUCUUAUUCUCUUUUUGUCUUGCUGAUUAAGAAUAGUUCUAAUAAUGGAAAUUGACUACUACGGAAAGUAUGUUUACAUUAAAUAUAACUCUUAACCUUUCUCAUAUUGAUAAUGAAAUGCAAUUACGCUUAUAUUUAUCACCAUAAUCUAAUACAACAAAGUCAUUGCUAAUUUUAUGUAAUUCCAAACCAAAUAUUACUUUGUUUAAUAUUCAUUCAAUCAAAACGUACUAUAAGAAAUAAAAGAUAGAUUAGCAUGCAUUUAUGAUAUAAAUUCAUAUUAUCAAAAUUCAACGUAAGUCAUUACUUUAGAUAAUAAUCCUACAUCCAAAGAAAUUAGGGAAUUAUUUUCAAUCUACUAUCUCUAUUCAAACAAUCCAUAUAUAGGGAUAGUGUCAUAAGGAAAUGAAAAUGAAUUAAUUCUUGAAUUGAAACAAAUGCAAAAAAAUUAAUGCGCAAAGUAGGAAAAAUAUUUAAAAUUAGAAAUUGUUAAAACAAUGGUAAAUGUUUAAAUGGAUUUUGUGAAUGUCCAAUUUCCUUCAUAGGAGUUGAUUGUAGUAUAUAGCUUAAGGAUAUAGAAAAUUAAAUCAUUUUAGAACCAAGAUAAUUAUAUUUUUUUCAUAUUAAAUCUUUCAAUAUCUCUAAAUUUGAACGGUAGUUAGAAAGCUUUGUUGAUAUCAAAUAUACAUGUUAGCAUCAAUACUAAAUUAAUUUUUCAGGGGUAUAAAUUUCAACUAAUCUAAUUAUUUUGAAUCAAACUUUUAUAUAAUCCUGCUUAAUGAAAACUAUUGAAAUACAAGAAUAACUUUCUAUUAAGUUAUAGUCUUAUAUUAUUUUUGAAUUAACUUCACCAAAUUCAGUAAAGAUUUUAACUAUAGAGAAACAUUAUAUUUUCUAAAAUUUAAUUGUUGCUUUUAUUGCUUUACUUAUAAUAGCUUUGUUUAGUAUGUUUUAUGUAUUUUAUCAUCAUAAAAAUCCAAAAGAUUUAAAGGCUUUAAGAGUUGUCCCAAUUAUCAAAUUUUCUCUAGCUAUUGAAUCGAUAGAAUAAUCAGAUAUUGAGUGUGCUUUAUGUAUGAAAGAAUUUUAAAUAAAUUAAUCUGUCAGAAUAACUUAUUGUAAUCAUCUUUACCAUGAUUUUUGUUUUAAAAUGUGGUGGACAAAUAACAAAGUAAAAUUAUAGAUUAUAAUUUUUUAGAGUUGUCCUCGUUGUAGAUCUCCUUUAGAUUUGGAGACAAUGAGAAAAAAUUAAAAAACAGAUAUCAUAUAAUAAUCAACAUUUUCAAAUAUAUAGAGCAAUAGAAAAAAAAAUUUAGUUACAUUUGUAGAUACUGGUUCAGCCAUUAGACAUAUGCCUAUGCAAUAAAAAUUAGAAUUGUAAAUUAAAUGAAUAAUUACUGAAAUUUGUAUCCAUAUAAUAUUUUUUGUAUUAAAUAUAAAAAUGUUCAUUUUAAUAUUUCUAAGUUGUAUUGAAAUCGGUAUCAACCAAAAAAUAGAAUAAAAUUAUUAGAGAGUAAUUGGGAUAUAAGUUUUCUAAAUAAAGAAUUUAACUUAAAAUGGUUUAUCUGAAAAAUCAAAAAUUACAAUAACUCUUAAACAUAAUGAUGGAGAAUUACCUAUACUCUUAUUGUGUAAUAAUAAACCAAACGCUAAUAUGUCAUUAGACUAUGAUUCAAUCUCAAAGUAUAAUAAUUUAUAAGUUUUAGAGAAUAAUGUUAAUAUGAUGUAAAUGCUUAUGAAGUUUAGAAUAAAAAAUAAGUAUUUUCACUUUAGGAUAAGUUAAGAGUAGGGAAAUAUCAUAAAAAUUAUAAUAUUUAUGAAUUUUAAAAUACUGGUUUAUUUGUUGGAGCAAUAUCAAAACUUUAAUCAUCCUAUAGCAUUUAAGCAGAAAUAUAAUCAAUAUAUACUUGUUAAAAGUAAAAAAAUUAAUAAAAAUUAGAGAAUGCAGGAAUGGGGGGACUUGUUUUUAUGGAAUUUGCGAAUGUUUAUAAGGAACUUUUGGUGAUGAUUGCAGUCUAUAAGGAUUAAAUAUUUUAGAUUAAUAAGCUCUAUCUUCAAAUUAUUUAUAUUAUUUGGACAUAUAAGAAAUAAUUGGGCCUAAUUUUUUAAGAAUACUUUCGAAUUCUAUUCCUAUUAGAUAAUAAUGUUAUGCAGAUCAACCAUAAGUUAAUCAUGGAACAUAAGUUUUAACAAAUUUGAUUUAGAUUGACCAUUAACGAAUAGAAUACUGCAAAAAUAUUACAACAUAAGUUUAGGAUUAGAUUAAAGUCUAAUAGAUUCCUUAUUAUUUGUUUAAAAUUUAGAAUUAAAAUAAUGUAGAAAUAUUUGAUAAUGAUGUUUAAGAAGUUGUUUUAUCAAAAGUUAUGCUAAUUUUAUUCAUCCCUUUUUCAAUAUUGCUUUUUCUUUUUUUAAUCUGUUGUUGUUCUAACUUUUUUAAAAAGAAAGCAGAAUUAUAAAGUUUAUAAUUAUAGACAGAAGUAGUUCCAACUUAUGUUGAUUUAUAUAUACCUACUUAUAAAUUUUAAGAAAUUAAAGAAACUGAUGUUCCCUACAUUAAUACAAAUGGUUAAUAUUGUUCAAUAUGUUUGGAAAGAUUUGAU